CAUUUUCAGGGAUGCACUUUACAAUAACUAUUUUAUACGCGAAUAGGGGUUGAAAAGGCUUAUACUAAACCAAAUUUUGUAGAUACCAAGCAUAAGUGAAAGAGCUGAAAGCUUCUAAAAAACAAAGCAAAUAUAUUUUUAUGUUCUAUAGAAUACAUAGGCCGCAAAUGUAAUAAAAACGCUCCAUUCUCUUAUCCAAUAAUAUUAAAUGUAUAGUGCUGGAAAUAUUUGGAAAGUUAAACUUUACUUACUCACUUACUUUACUUAGUGGCGCUAAUAUGUGAAAUUCUUUUACUUUAAUAUUUUCUUAAAUAUCAUUAUAAGACUUUAAAAGUUUUUCUGUAAAAAUAAGGCAUGUCGGUGAAAGACCUAUGAAUUAAUACAAUAUGACGGUUGGCAAUAAUGCCACAUAUUCGGAUAAUUUCCCAAUUAGAAUCAAACCGUUCGUUAUUUUGAUCUUGAAUGUCAACAUAUGCUUUCAUCAUGUCAGCGCAUCUUCUUUUUUAAACCUGAACGAUUUAGCCAGUUCUAAUCGACCUUUCUUUGAUGAUAUAAGCCCAAGGAAUGUAUCCGCUGUUGUUGACGAAAUCGCUAUAUUAAGGUGUCGCGUUAAAAACAAAGGAAAUCGCACAGUUUCCUGGAUGCGAAAGCGCGAUCUUCACAUUCUUACAACGAACAUUUACACGUACAGUGGCGAUCAACGAUUUUCUGUAAUACAUCCUCCUAGUAGUGAUGAUUGGAAUUUAAAGAUUGAUUAUGCUCAACCGCGUGACAGCGGCGUUUAUGAGUGUCAAGUAAAUACCGAGCCCAAAAUAAAUUUAGCAAUUAUUUUGGAAAUAAAAGCUGAUGACGUUCGAGACUUAAAAACAGAAAACCGGCUUUACGAUUCAAAAGCGGCUCGAGCUAAAAUACUGGGAUCCACAGAAAUCCAUGUUAAACGUGACAGCACUAUUGCCCUGGCUUGCUCAGUGAACAUCCAUGCAUCAUCCGUAGUUUGGUACCAUGGCUUGUCAAUCGUUGAUUUUGAUUCUCUUCGCGGGGGAAUAAGUUUGGAAACAGAAAAAACUGAUACAGGAACCACAAGUAGAUUAAUGCUGACGCGAGCGUCAUUGCGAGACUCUGGAAACUACACUUGCAUUCCAAAUGGAGCCAUACCAGCCUCUGUUAGAGUUCAUGUAUUAACUGGCGAGCAACCUGCAGCAAUGCAAACAAGUGCUGCCAUUUGCGUUAAGACAUACACUGCAAUGAUAACUAUCAUAUCAGUAAAAGUGUUGUUUUAUAUUCCAAGUCUUAAAGAUAUACUCUAUCGUAGAGAGAGAUGACUAUCUAAUAAAAAUAUUGCCAGAUUAACUUUAAGGUUAAAGCGUGUUUGAAAGAACCCAUUGAAAAAGCUCUAAUCAAUAAAACAUACAAAAAUUAAAUGUAAUUCCUAUAGUCAUAUGAAAUAAAUUACUAUAAUACAUAAUCAAGCGUAAUAUUUACCUAAAAUAAAAAAGGAAAUCGAUUCUUCAUA